AUGCCCUCCAGGCAGGUCCAAGCAAACAGAUCUGACGUUCUCUGUCAAGGCCUACAGGAAAUCACAGAGCAAGGUCGGGAGCCGCAGCGAGGAAGGCGACGGCCCCGGGCGGGGGGAAUCGCGGGCAACCACUCACCUGUGCUGCCCGGGCCGGGGGCAACGCAUACCCCGGCCUCCAGCCCGGCUCAGGGAGCAGCGGGGGGUGCAGAGCUGGCGCCCCAGGGAGUGGCGGGGGUGUCCCUCUCCUCAGCGGGAGCCAGCGGAGGGAUUCCUGCCUGUACGGCGGUGCCCUGGACGGCCCCGCGCUGUAAGCAAGCUGCUAUCUGUGCCUACGGCCCAGCGACAAGGGAAGCGCAGAGCUGGGAGCGCACUGGCGUAGCCCAGGAGACAGGAGGAGGCACGGCGCGCCGCAGCCCCGAGCUGGCGGUUAUCACGGGGUGAGGCACUACGGCCCUGGCGCUGCCGGAGCGGGCGCCCGACGUGAAGACAGCGGUGGUUCCCGGCGGAGGAAUGACUGUGGGAAUAGCGGUUGCCGUCCAGGCUUUGAGACCAGAUGUGAAAGCGUUCGCUGCUGAGCCGCCCAACGCGGGGGACUGUUACCAGUCCAAGGUAAGGGGAACCGACCCCAACCUUCACCCGCCGGAUGCCAUCGCAGGUGCAGUCAAAGCCAGCAUCAGACCGAACGCGCGGCCCAUCAUCAGGGGUGCGGCUGAUGACAUCCCGACAGCCUCGGGGGAAGAAAUCAAGCUGCUGCUGUCCCAAUGGCGAGCCGUGCGGCUGGUGUGGGAAAGGGUGAAGCUGCUGAUUGCAGCAGCGGGUGUGGGAGUGGCGGCCGUGCUCUCAGAGCAGUUCCGGGCAGUCCCCCGGGACGUGGAGAACGUUUGCAUCGUGCUGUGCGGGGGAAACGUGGACCUGAGCUCCCUGACCUGGCUCACAGACCUCCCUGGGAAAGCAGAAUGA